GAUGAGGCACGCUACUUCUUCCGCCUGCUGAUCUCGGCCGUGGAGUACUUGCACUCCUCGCAUGUGGCUCAUAGAGAUUUGAAGAUGUGCAACGUGGUGCUGACUCAGCGACGGCCGCCGACCCUGAAGCUGUGUGACUUUGGAUUCGCGAAGGGGUGGGACGAGUCCAGCAUGAUGAACACCCGCAUCGGCACACCCGUGUACAUGAGCCCGCAGGUACGGGUGAGGGGUAAGAAGUACAGUGCCACAGCUGCCGAUGUAUGGGCGUGUGGUGUGAUGCUGUUUGCGAUGCUGCUCGGCCGCUUUCCGUACGACCAUGUGGGUCAUCCG